AUGGCAGAUCAUGGAAGCCCUUGCAAUGGGCAGGAAGCCACCUACUGUAUGAACGGAGGGACAUGUUACAAAAUAGCUUCUGUGGACACACUCUCUGUGUGUAAGUGCAAUGAAAAUUAUAAAGGCAGCAGAUUGUGAACACUGCAGCUCUUCAGCUUUAGCCCCAAUUCAGAGGAGGCCGGUUUAAUUGCAGCCGUGGUCGUCAUUGCCCUCCUUAUCUUGGUGGUGCUGGUAGUCAUUAUCUACUACAUACGCAAGAUGCUGAAAGCCAAGAAACAGAGACAAGAGAACCAACAGAACCAUAGGCAAGAAUACUGGAAGGUACAAUCAAGAGCAUGAACUUUUCUUCUGAUGUAAAUUACUACUCUGUUUUUGUUUGUAUAUUUAAUGGCUUCAUAAAAUAAUUGUAUUAGUGUCAUUUAUCUUGUUAUACUAUCUGAGGUUUUAAGUACGACUAUAAAAAAAAAGAAAAAAAAAAGAGUAAAACUGUUGCAUUGACCCUAAUGGCAGGGUGACGAGUAUCACACCAGCAUCAUUCUGGUGUUAAAUCACAUUUCAAAUCUGUAUGCCUUGUCUAAGAUAUAUUAAAGUGCAAUUUAAGUGCAACUUUUUGAAAUUUGUGGCAGUUUUGGGAUUAUAACUAACUUGCUGU